AUGGACGCGCCAUCGUCCAUUCGCGUUCUCAAGUCCGCGCGUGGUAGUGGCUCGCUCGGCUCGCUCACGCGCACACUGCGCGGCGCGUUCCUGUCAGAGGGUUACCCUGAGAGUGUUACAGACGACUAUCUGGCGUUUCAAACGUGGGAUACCCUCCAGGGACUGUCGACGUACAUCCGCAGCAUGCUAUCCACGCAGGUGCUGCUGGCAGGGCUGGGAGUGGGCAGCGCAUCUGCAUCAGCCAUCAGUGCCACGUUCCAGUGGUUCGUGCGUGACUUCACAGGCAUGCUUGGAGGGAUUCUUUUCGCCAUGUACAAGGGAUGCUUCUGGAUCUGCUCUCGCCCCUUGUGCCCUCCGCCUUCCUGCCGCUGCUCUGGCAUCUCCCGAGCCAUAACCGGCACUGCCAGUGGGGCCACCAGAGCGGCACUUACACAGCACUUUGCUAAAAGGCAAAACGCGGCAGACAUCUCCGCUAAGGAGGGCAGUCAGGAGACGGCAGCAACGAUGGCGGGCAUGCUGGCGGGGAUGGUGGUGGGGCAGCUGGUGGCAGGCAAUGUGGUGCUUCUGUGGACCGUCUUCCUCGCCCUCACCGCCUUCCACGUCUAUG